AUGGUUCCAACACUCUCUACGGCACAAUUCGCAGAUCCAGCUGAAGCAACGAGACUCAAAGCUCUUCCAGACCAAUACAUUCAACCAUUUGAAGAGCGUCUCCUCAACAAGUUUGUCAACGAUGAGGCCAUUCCAGUCAUCAACAUGUUGAACCCCGAACAGAACAAAUACGCUGAAGCUAUUUGUGACGCUGCUGAGAAAUGGGGCUUCUUUCAAGUGAUCAACUAUGGAGUUGAUUUGGAUGUUCUUGACAACGUGAAGGCUGCGACUCAUUGGUUCUUUAACCUCCCUUUUGAGGAGAUGAGCAGGCUCACAAAGGAGAAUUCUUUGUCGACCAAUGUUAGGUUCGGCAUGAGUUUCAGUCCUCGUGCAGAGAAAGAUUAUCUCAGCCUCUUCUUUGUGUCCGAAUCUGAACAGUUUUGUUGA